AUGUUAAUCGAUUUAUGCUCUGUAAACCUACGAGUUGAAAAGAGCGUUCGGGAAGAAUAUUGUGAUCUAUGCAGUUAUUUGUACAUUAUAGUGAGGAAAAUUUUUCAAUGUGAAUUACAAAUAAAAGCCGAGAACAUCGGUGAAUUAUUCGAGUUCAUUUUCGUGGUGCUGGAAUAUAAUGAUAUCAAUUCAUCGCUGUUACUGAAUGAACUUAGUGAACAAUUAGCAUUUGCCCGACAACGUUAUAUUAAAAGUGAGAUGACAAAAUAUUUGCGAAUGAGGGAGAUGAUGAUUGUGGCACUAAAACAAAUAAUGGAGAAAGAUAAAGGCAAUAUUUUGAUUGCCAAGGUUAUUCCAGAAACUGCAGAAGUGAUAGAGAUAAUUGAAAAUAUUUCAAAGAUGCCACAUAUUGGUAGAGAGGCUUUAGCUGCAUUAAUUUCACUCAUUUCAUCGUUUACUGAGCGUGUCGAAACGGGAGUAGACUUCUGGCUUGCUGUUAUGUCAUUACCAUGGCUCCAAACAACGGAGUUGGUUGCUGAUCUGAAACAUUUUGAUCUAGCGUUACCAGCGUUAUCACAAAUUUACAAAUUAUCGUUACGUUGCAGUCAAUAUCUCUCACCUGAUAUCAAAGCGAAUACGAUCCCAGCAUUGGGUCAUUUGAAUGUUUGUCCGGAAUGGCGUCGCAGAGUAUACAUCGCAGCUUUAACAUCAAUCGAAAUAUCAUUACUGAGAACAGCUGUAGAACAUUUUCCUACUUUCAUUUUCUCAACAGACAGGAAUGAAUUCGAAUUUCUUCUAAAUCAUGUGCUUUAUCAUGGAAUGCACGCACUUCAAAAUGAUGAUGAAACUGAAUUGUGUCCUGCCGUUUUAAAAGCGGUAGCAAGAACAUUGUGUUUUGUUAGUAUGGAGAAACGAUUAGCCGAUGAUGAGAUAUGUAUGAUGUGUCGACGAAAACAAACUGCUAAUCGAAAUUUGGAAAUUAACCUGGACAAAAUUUUUGAACUUAUAAAAAAAGCCAUACAUGGUAAUAAUGCGGCAAAAUUAGGUUGCUCUGAGUUGUUGGCCUCAUUGCUAAAUCAUAUUUCCUUCACAUUAUUGAAAAGAUAUGAAACAGAAAUGCUUUGUACAUUGAUUUUGAUGAAAGAAACUGACGAAGAUCUACGAUCCGGAUUUCAAUGGUGCUUAAAACCGAUGAUGGAACUGAAACUUGAAAGUGUUCAGAAUGAAGUACUGCGAGUUAUUGGUGAUCUACAAAAAUUGCCAAAGGCGUUCGAUAAUUUCAGAUUACAUGCAAUAUCCUGUUUGGUUAAUUCGCAAAAUGACAAUCUUUUUCUGAUGUGCUUAAAUCAGCUUCUGAAUAUUGCAGUUGUACCUGAUUAUGCAUUUAUUGUCGCUGAAAUCAAGCAUGCUGUUGAGGAUCGUAUGGAAAAAUACGCUCCUAAUUUGCAUCCUCGACAGUGGUUUCUUCGGAAAAAGAAAUACAUAAUGGAAAGUCUUACCAAACGGAUAAUCUUCGAAUAUUCUGAAGGAACAAGGCCUCUAAAACGAGGUAGUUUUUCGCAGUUUGUUGAUGAAAGAUUUGGAAGAAGUAUCGAAUACGCCUUAAGUGUUGUUGUUGAAGUAUUUGAUUUCUCGAGGGAUGAUAUGGAAAGUUUCAUGCGAGAUGGUUGUCCUGAAGUUGUUACUUCCCUUCUGCUGGAUUGCAUAGCAGAAAAGGAAAAAGUGCAAAUGGCGUUGGAUACUAUCGCACGACUACGACGAAUACAACCAGAAAUAUUGAUGGAGGAAUCUUUGCCGUUAUUAUUAGUCAAACAUCUUUUAAAGGAUUUAUCCACUCAAGUUAUGCAGAAUGCUCUAAAUUUUAUUAGCGUUUAUACAAAAGGAGGUUGCAAUUGGUCUACACUGGUUUCAAAAAAAGCUUAUGAAUGUACUGUUUGUUUGCUGCAACAUUUAUCCGUUCAUGAAGAGAAAGCAAUAAUGCAUAUUAAGAAUUUGCAUAAAUUAACCUACGGUCGAAAUUGUCCGUUCAGUUUUACCGCCUUCAUUAGAGAAAGUUAUUUGGGAAUUUUGUUACACUUUCGGCAAGCUGUCAAUGAUGAUCGCUUCUAUGACGAGCGACUGAUACUAGCAUCAAGUCUCUGUAAAGUAAUGGCAAUGAUCAAAGUAGAUGGCACCGAUUUCCUUGAUCAGACUGCUGAUAAAAUGUUAAUUGUUUUGCGUGCUUUUACACCGUUAGGAAUUAUUGUCAUCGAAAUGUGGAAAGUUUAUUUGAAAACUUUGUCAGAUGAGGUUUUGGUGAAACUUUUACCCCAAACUCUGGUUUCAAUCAUUCCGUUAUUGCGGUACGAGCAGGCUCGGGAGCUAUUAAGAUAUAUUUUCGAAGAAAGGCAAUUACACUUUGCAGCGAAUGGAGAUUUCGAACGCAUUUCUUUGGUUUUUUGGAACAAUCCGAAAAUUUCAAUCAAUGAAUAUCUUUCGCCGGAACUUGGAAAGUCCCCUCCGGAACUGGUUUUUCAUGCAUGCGCUUCUUUACUGAAGGAAAGUUAUGAAGAAGUCGGUGAAGUGAUAUUGCAUAAAUUAUUGAGUUUGCUUAAUGAAUACAGUGAACUGGCAGAUAACUGUUUUGACAGCAUUGCUGCAGAAUUGGUCCCAUCACUACUGCAAAUCAUACGAAAAAGUUCAUUAGUGGAAUGUCGUUAUUUAGCUUCUUUAGCACUUGGUCGUUUGGGUGCUGUUGAUCCAGGUCGUAUUGGUUUAUCAUUGGCACGUAAUACAAAUGGUAAUCGGCAUGAUGGCCGAUUUGUAUUUGUUGAUUCUGGAGAACAGUUUUACAUUGAACUUCUGGAGCGAGCGGCGGUAGCCUUUUCCGGAAUACUAGAUGCUAGCAUGCAAGUUGAAUGUUCCUAUAGCAUACAAACUGUUUUACGGGAACUGUUUGGAAGACAUGGUUCGGAGAGUUCGAGUCUGUGGGACAUGUUAAGCGAUCAAUGUCGAAACUCGUUCUCGAUGCUUAGGAAAUCAAGUUUUAUAUUGCACAAGCCUUUCCAGCACCUCCCUACAAAAAGACCGAUAAUGGAAUGUGAACAAGUGAAAGAUUUUAGAAGCUGGUUGAAUCUAUGGUAUAAAGUAACAGCUGCCAAGAUACGCGACGAGAAGUUAAAAAUUUUUUUUGGUGCUUUAGAAGGCUUGGUAAAUGCAGAUAUCGUCUUUGCUGGCUUUAUCCUGCCACAAUUAAUUCUUCAGAGUAUCAUUGAGCACAACAUGACAUGCAUGAAUGAGAUUGGUAUGGAAAUAAUUGCAGUGCUGCAGAGGUCCAUAGUUGAUAAUGGAUGGCCUCGAUCAGCUGCACAUCUGAUUUUUGCUGUUAUCGAUUGUCUAGAGCGAUAUGCAUAUCAUCGUCAAUCUUUAAAAAUUUCAGCUGAUAUGGUUCUCCAACGUACCAUCGAAAUUCUGUCACAUGUAACAACACAGACAUGGGAUGAUGGAAACUGUUUGAUUGUUGCUGCAGCUGGAGUAUGCCAUUGCACCACGCGAGCAUUGAAAUGGUGUGAGCAGUAUGCAAUUGGAUAUGAUGAGAAUGGCCAGACGUUAUUCAAACCCGAUCAGUUCAGCUUUCUUGAGAAAAUUUAUUUCGAUCUGGGUGAUAUGGAUGGCGUAGCUGGAGCUUUUGAAACGAUACGUUCUUGUGCUGAACCAACGAUAAACGAUCGAAUUUUGUCUUUGGAAGCUGAUGGAAAUUAUUGGGAUGCAUUGCCUUUGUACAGAAAAUCAACCAAUGUCGAACCUUCCUAUACCAAAUGUUUAUUACGUCUGAAUGAACCGCGAUUAGCAUUGAGUGGAAUUGCUGAUUUGUUAAGAAGACCGGAAAAUGUCGAAUUCCAUGAAAAAUUGCGUUCAUGUCAACUAGAAGCAAUGUGGCAAUUACAGCUCUGGGAUGACUUAACAGACUUGGUGUAUGAGAAGCCUAAAACGACAACAUGUGGUGCUACAUAUGCAAGCGUAAUUUGUACCCUCAGAAAUCAGCAAUUCAAUUUAUUGGAUGAUUAUUUAGUCACUGCUCGAAUGCGUUUGGCAGAUGCACUAACUGCUAUGACGAUUGAAGAUUCAGAUACUUAUACGCAAGCUUAUAAAACUAUUACACAAUUGCAUAUACUGGCAGAAAUAGAGGAUGCAAAGAGUUCAUUGAAGCUAGAGAAUGACAAGAUUUUAACAGUGGAAGAUUUGGCCAAGGUUUUGAAUGUUUGGCAGAAACGUGCAGCAAAAGCGAUUCAAAGUGCUAGUGUUUUGGAGCCUAUCUUGAAUGCUCGUCGAAGCUUAUUGGGUUUGUUGGAGGGUGACAUUGGACGAGGCUCGAUCUGUGAUCUUUUUUUGCAAAGUUGUCGUUUGGCGAGGCACGAUGGGCAUCUACAAGUUGCUUGGUCAUACCUUAGCCAGGCAAAAGCAUUAAAUGUUAAUCAAUUUAAAGUUGAAAUGGAAGAAGCUCGAUAUCUUUUCCAAAAGGGGAGUCAGGUCCAAGCGAUACAAAUCCUCUCAAAUUUGUUAAAAAGGCAUUUUUUAGACGAGGCGCAGCAGCUGAAAAAUAUCUCUUGUGAAGGAAGAGACAUUUGUUGUAGUGAGGAAGAGGAUUCUAGGGAAUUAAAAAGGGGGAAUGAAGACUUCGUCAAGGCUCAGUUACUAUUUGCCGAAUAUUCAUUGAGAGCAGGAGCCGGUAGUUAUGGAGAUUUUUAUAAGACAUAUUUCUCACUUCCUUUAAUUGCUGAACCUUCUGAAGAUUUAUUUUAUCGAGUAGCCGUCUUCUUCGAUAAAUAUUUGUACAGCAAGAACGAAAAUGCUGAAGCUCGUAAUGUUACAAUGAUUUUGAAAGCCUACAGGCGAGUGUUGAAGCAUGGAAAGAGUUAUUUGUUUCACGUUAUGCCACGAAUGUUAAGUAUCUGGUUGGAUUACACACAAAAAAUGGCUGAAAAUGGAAGUGCACAGCCAUUAGUGAAAGUACCUACAAGAGGGUUGCCAUUUAAAAGUUCAGCGAGCGAAGAUAAGUAUGUUAAAGAGAUGAAUGGAGUAAUAUACGAUGGUUUCAAGUGCAUUGAUCAUUAUAUGUUUUAUACAGCAUUUGCUCAAUUAAUUUCACGCAUAACUCAUCCAAAUGAGGAUGUUUUUCAAACUUUGAAGAUGAUUUUAUCCACAUUGAUGGUGGAAUAUCCACAUCAGUGUUUAUGGCAGUCCAUUGCUGUCUUCCGUUGUGACGCUGACAAGCAACCGUUACGUUUCACUCGUUGCCGUGCCGUGUAUGAUUUAGCUAAACGUAGAGAUGAAAGUGGUCAAUUGAAAAAUUUAAUCCCACAGUAUGAAUACGUUGCAGCUGCUUUCAUUAGAGUUGCGGAAGAUAAUUGUCCAGUAGGUACACAAUCACCAUUCAGCCAACGUUAUGCUUAUCUUUCGGAAUAUUUCCGAAGCGGUAAAAUGAAUCCGACAAUUUGGACAACAGAAAAAGCUCAGGGAAAAGAGACGAAAGAACCAAUUCGACCAUCAAUCGUCGUGCCACUGCAUAAGAUGAUCGAACAGGCAAUUCCAACCAGUGUUUUGAGCACAUUAUCACAAUUUCCGGACUCUAAUUUGGAACAGACUGUAUCAGCAACUUCAAGUAGCAUGAAAUUCAGCACCACUUAUAUUCAUUCAUUUGAUGAGGAAUUCACUGUAAUGAAGUCAUUAGUUCGUCCUAAAAAGAUAACCAUAGUGGGAUCUGAUGGUAAAAAGUAUCCAUUGAUGUGUAAAGCAAAAGAUGAAUUACGUAAAGAUGCUCGUCUUAUGGAUUUCAAUCGGAUGGUAAAUACAUUAUUACAUCAAAAUGCAGAUGCCAGGCGUAGGCAGCUUCAUGUCCGGACAUAUAACGUUAUUCCAUUACAAGAUGCUGGUGGUUUAAUUGAGUGGAUUCCGAAUCUCCAAACUUAUCGACAUGUAGUGGAGGAGUUGGUUAAGGAAAAGUGUCAUAGCGUAAUGACUGAUAAAGAGUGGUUUAGUCGAUGGGUACCUAAUGGAACUAAUGAAGAAAAACUAGCAAGAUUACGGACCGAAUACUAUCCAAGACAUCCAAUUGUGAUGCCCGAAUGGUUCAGGCGUUCAUUUUCGGACUCAUGUCGUUGGUACGCAGCGCGUUUAGCUUUUACAUAUACGUCAGCGGUGAUGAGUAUGAUAGGUUUUAUAUUGGGACUUGGAGAUCGGCAUGGUGAAAAUCUUUUACUUGAUCUUAUCAAUGGUGAUGCGAUUCAUGUAGAUUUCAAUUUAUUAUUUAACAAAGGAGAGAAUUUGAAUGUUCCUGAAGUAGUACCAUUUCGAUUGACGCGGAACAUCGUUGCUGGUUUCGGGGCAACUGGUGUCGAAGGCGCAUUUCGUCGUUCAUGUGAAACAACAAUGCGUGUAUUACGUGAACAUGAUGAAGCGCUACUCACUGUUUUGCAAACAUUUGUGCAUGAUCCACUUCUCGAAUGGAUGCAUAGCGAAAGCCGAGCUCAACAAUAUAAGCAGCGAAAGCGAAAUGAUGCUAAAUUAUCACCACCAGCAGCUCAACAACAAGCACAGGAAGCCAUUGAUAUGAUUCGAUCUCGUUUAAUAGGCCACAUUAUAACACCAAAAAUUUAUCGUACAGAAACGAAUAACCCACCAAUGAGCAUCGAAGGACAAGUGGGUCGACUGAUUGAUAUUUCUCGGGAUGAAUUAAAUCUUGCCCAAAUGUAUAUUGGCUGGUGCCCUUUUAUAUAAUAUUUUAGCAGAGAUUUCAACUUUGCAAAUACUUUAUCGAAGUUUAUUUCAUUUUUCCUUUCUGUGAUACAUUUCAAUGAAAUUAAAUCCUGUACAGUUGCUGCAUGUGUAAAAAUUUUUAUUGAAUAAUCGGUGAUUAUUGAUUAUUGAUAUACUGUUGAUAUUGGUAUAUCACUGGAACCAGAUAUACUGCUUGAAAUAAUCAUAGUUUACGAGCCACAUCUAUCCUUACUCAUCG